AUGUGCAAUAUGGCGCUGACAAUAGACAAGUCUGCUAUUCCGGGGACGGUGACUCUUGUUGAUGUGCAGCAUGUUUUAAAUACGCGCCAUUUGGUACAGGGGGACUCGGACAUUGUGCUGAUUCCGACACCCUCGAAUGACCCCGAUGACCCGUUGAAUUGGAGUCCCAGGAGGAAGUUGCUUUCUACCAUCUGUGUUAGCACGUAUCGCCUGUUCCGUCGUCUACUCGGUGCUUACCCCCCCUCUCCAAAGCGACGGGGCUACCUGUCACCAUUUGCGAUGCAGUUUGGGAAGCGAUUGACGUAUUUGCUGUCACUGGCGGGAAUUCUUGCAAUGACGAUGUGGGGACCAUAUGCCAAAACCAACGGCCAAUGGAUCGCCCGAAACGUCCUAUCGGGAUUCUUCACAGCGCCCAUCGAAGCCCUCCCCGAAAUCAGCGUCACGGAUGUGUACUUCACCCACGAACGAGGCACAUACAUGGGUCUGUACGCAUUCUUCCUAGCUGGCAGUAACUACUUCGCCCCGGUCAUUUGCGGAUUCAUAGCCGAAUACCAAGGCUGGCGCUGGGUCUUCUAUUGGCCUAGCAUAUUCAUCGCGUUCGCCAUGGUCUUCCUAUUUUUCUUUAUGGAAGAGACAAACUACGCUCGCGAGCAGGUUGAAGACCCAAACGUCGCCAAUGUGAGGGUUGGCACUCCUCAUGGCUCAGUCAGUGAAGACCCUGAGAUGACUGUCCCAGUUUCCAAGGAGCCGUCUUCACAGCCGGAAGCUGGUGUGGUCUAUACCAAGAAGUCGUAUGUCAAGAAAUUGUCCCUGUUGGGCCCGAAGCAACCGCGGAAUACGAUGCUUCGACGACUUUGGCAAAGUUUGUAUUAUCUUUCGUGGCCUGUGAUCUUCUAUGCGGGAUUUUCUUACGGGUCGUAUCUUGUCCUGUUCAAUAUUCUGAACGGAACCGCUUCCAUUAUCCUGGGUGGACCGCCAUACAACUUUGGAUCCUCCAUGGUCGGCUUGAGCUACCUCGCAUGCUGCGUAGGCGUCAUCCUGGGCUCCCUAUUCACCGGCCGCCUAAGCGACUGGCUGACAGUCAAGCUAGCCCGUCGCAAUAAUGGUGUCAUGGAAGCAGAGCACAGACUCUGGCCAUUCGCAGCUAACCUCCUUCUCGUUCCAGGGUCGUUGCUACUCUGGGGUGUCGGCGCGGCGCAUGAUGUGCAUUGGUUCGGACUGAUCGUUGCCAUGUGCAUGCUGGCCUUUACCAAUACGAGUGGCAUCACCCUGAGUGUCAAUUAUAUGGUUGACAGCUAUCGGGAACUUAGCGGGGUGGCAAUGGUGUCUAUUAUCCUGGUGCGGAAUACCAUGUCCUUUGCUAUCGGCUACGGAAUUACCCCAUGGAUCGACAAUCUGGGCUACCAGAACUGUUUCAUUUCAGCCGCCUUUGUCGGCUUGGCAUGUGCGUCCAUGUUUCUGGUGAUGAUCAAGUACGGCAAAUCAUGCCGUGUUCGGAGCCGAGAGAAGUACUGGAAUAUCGUUGAAGAGAACUGGGAGAAAGGGAUGGGACACUAG